AUGGUGAUGAUCCUGUUGUUGCUGCUGCUGCUGGCGGUGGUGAUGCUGCUGCUGCUGCUGCUGCUGAUGAUGAUGGUGGUGAUGAUAGUAGUGGUGGUGGUUCUGCUGCUGCUGCAGCUCCUGCAGCAGCAGCAACAGCAACAGCAGCAGCAACAGCAGCAGCAGCAGCAGGAGGAGGAGGAGAGCGUCGUCGUCCGCAGCGGUAUACAUAUGCAUAGAGUCAAGCAAAGCGUUUACAACCCCACCAGUUUUAUACAUACCACCACCACCAUACCAUCGAGGCCCCCUGUGCUGCAGCUGCUGCAGCAGCAACAGCAGCAGCAGCAGCAGCAGCAGCAGCAGGUGCAGCAGCAGCAGCAGCAGCAGGUGCAGCAGCUGCAGCAGCAGAUUGAAACGCAAAAAGAAAAAAUUAAUAGUAUAAGAAAUAAACAAAUACAGAUCGAAAAUAAAAAAAAAAAAAUAGAGGAGACAGAGACAAAAGAAAGAGAAAUGAGGUUGCUGCUGCAGCAGCAUCUGCAUCAGCAGCAAGCAGCAGCAACAGAAGAAAUAAAACUAAGAGAAAGAAUAGCAGCAGCAGCAGCAGCAGCAGCAGCAGAAGAGAAACAAUGUGCUGCACUCCAGUGGAGGAGCAGCAGGAGGGUUUACGAGGGUUGCGUGAGAGAGCGCAGCAGCAACUUGGGGUGUAUAGGCAGCUAA